CUUUAUAUACGUAUAGCCUACUCAUGGCUUUGUACCACACAAACUCACCACAAACAGGUUUGAGCAAACUAUAUAGCUUCAUGCGCAGUUUACGUAUGUACUGUGUGUGAAUUUGCAGUGACGGUGACGGUCGACUGUCGUUGGAUGACUUACCGUUGUUCUCAGAGACGCGCUAGUUUCCAUGGGAAAAGGGAAGAGCACAUAAGCGUCUAAUCACUCAGCUCGCUCUCAUAUUAAGCUAUAGUCUUUGACACCGACAAGGCAACAACAUAAACAACAAUAUGACUUGAAGCCCAUUGCUUUGGGAGUUCGUGGACUCAUUUGGACGGGUGUGAAACCAUAGGCUACAGGUGUUGGCGAAAAACGGUAAUGGUUGCAUGGUUGCGUUUUAACUGAAUGAACCAGUUAACAAAUGUAAUGGAAAUGACCAGAAUUGAGGUUCGAUACAAAGUUCUGUACAAAAUGUAAAAGUGACAUAGGCUGCAGAGUACAAAUAUGAAGAUGGUAGCCUCAUAUGCAUCACGGAUAUGGGAAAAUAAAUUUCCUUACAAAUUCAGCCCAUGACAGUCCUCUCUGAAUCUAAAACUAAAUUGCUGAUGGAGAAAUACGAGAAACUGGCCAAGAUCGGAGAGGGAUCCUACGGCGUGGUAUUCAAAUGCAGACACAGAGACAGUGGCCAGAUAGUUGCCAUCAAGAAGUUUGUUGAGUCCGAAGACGAUCCAGUCAUCAAGAAGAUAGCACUCAGAGAAAUACGUAUGCUGAAGCUGAAGCACGUGAACCUGGUAAACCUCUUGGAGGUGUUCCGGAGGAAGAGACGUCUUCAUCUGGUGUUUGAGUUCUGUGAGCAGACAGUUCUCAACGAGCUAGACAGACACCCCAGAGGUGUUCCUGAGGCUCAGUUGAAGAGUAUAGUUUGGCAGACUCUACAGGCAGUGAGCUUCUGUCACAGACACAACUGCAUCCACCGCGACGUGAAGCCAGAGAACAUCCUCCUCACAAAGACGGGAGUGAUCAAGCUCUGCGACUUCGGCUUCGCCAGGAUCCUCACGGGGCCAGGGGACGAAUACACAGACUACGUGGCGACCCGCUGGUACCGUGCUCCAGAGCUGCUGGUGGGUGACACCCAGUACGGCCCGGCAGUGGAUGUGUGGGCGCUGGGGUGCGUCUUCGCAGAGCUUCUCCACGGGAACCCCCUCUGGCCCGGGAGAUCGGACGUAGACCAGCUGUACCUCAUCCGGAGAACGCUAGGCGACCUCAUCCCGCGCCACCAGCAGGUGUUCCACUCCAACGUGUUCUUCAGCGGAGUCAGCAUCCCUGAGCCCGACACCACGGAGCCCCUGGAGAAGCGCUUUCAUGCCGUGCCUCCACACGCGCUCACGGUCAUGAAGUCGUGCCUGGUGAUGGACCCUUCCCUGCGUCUGUCCUGUGAGGAGCUGCUGGAGCUGCCUUACUUCCAGGAGGAGGGAGGAGGCAGCUGGGGCCGCGAAGGAGAGCGUCCAGGGAGACGCCAUGACAAGGGCACCAGGCGCAGGCAGGCAGGGCCCCAGUAUCUGCCCCAACUGCAAAGCAGCAACAUCUCACCAGCACCUGAUAUCAAGAAACAAGUCAAACACAGAUAUGACCAUCACCUCCCCAACAUCUAACACGGAGACAGGGGAAACACCAAACUCUGAAUUUACAUUUAAAAAAAAAGAGAGUGACCAUAUGAGCGAUAAGGUAUUGUGCACUGUCAGGUCUUGGGUAGCUGUGUGUGUGUGUGCGUGCGUGCGUGUAUUAGAGUGAGCGGUUUUAGGGGGAAAUAAUAUUGAAUCUUUUAAAAAGGGUUUUGGUGAAGAGACUGCACUUUAGAUAAAUAAGUUAAUGUGUUACUGUUUAAAGGACGUUGAUUAAUUGUUGUCAGGUAACUACUCGGCUAACUGAAGUAAAGCUGCAGAAAAUGUGUUAGAUUAGUGAGUAGAAAGGAGAAGUAAGUAGCCUGUGUUAUGCUCAGAAUGUUGCUUAAGCCAGGCUAUAGUGUCACUACAAAAAAAACAUUUUUCAACAAAUAUCACUGCUGUGCCAACAUCUCUGGGAGAAAUGCACUAUAUAUAUCAUUAUAAUUUAAACUGAUACUUUCUUCUUCCAGUUGGACAGUAUAUAGACAGUCUUUACAAUUAUUUAUUUAACCCCCAUCAAUUAAGUUAGUAGUUGAUGUAUCUUAGUGGAUAGUUAGGAAAAUAUAUAACAAUUUUGAAAAAUUUACAUUAUAUUUAAAAAACAUUCCCUUUUUCUUUAUGACA